AUGUUGCAAAAGGAACCCAAAAUCCCGAACAGCGUCCAUGACAGGAUUGACCAACUCGAAAAGCUCGUCACCAACCUCAUCGGUGGAAAUCCUGUUGAUACAGCUAACCCCGCGCUAUCCAGCCCAUCACAAGCGCGGCAACAUCAUAACGGAGGAAACAAUGGGGACUUGCCUGGCACGCCGGAUCGCGUAAAUCUCAGCUGCGAUGCAACAAGCUAUACGAACAGUGGACAUUGGACAAGCAUACUUGAUAGCAUAUCGGAGCUGCGCGAACAUCUCGACCAGGUGCCCGUAUCGCCCGAUCCGGAUGAUGAAGUGGUGAAUGAAGUACCCGGUCCAGAGCUGCUGUUUGGACGUAAUGCCCAUGCGACUAGAGAAGAGCUCCUCGCUGCUCUUCCUCCACGGUCAGAAGCGGAUCGACUCAUUGAUACAUUCUUCAUAUCAAUGGAAUCACACCCGACCCUCAUUCACAAGCCGACCUUUCUCAAACAGUACGAUGAGCUGUGGAAACAACCAUUCGAAACUUCAACGAUGUGGUUGGGUGUACUUUACGCUGCACUGGCUCUCGGCUUUCGCUUCCAAGUCGCGGUGAACACUCAUCAGCUUGGCGAUACUGAACUCGCCGACCUGGUGCGGAUCAACUUCUAUCGCGAGAAGGCUGCGCAAUGUAUGAUUCUUGCAAACUAUACCAAAACACCGCCAUACACGAUCGAAGCGUUCUUGUUGUAUUUUGGUACCGAAUUUCUACGCUCAACCGACAGCCAGUUCAGCAUAUACAUGCUUGUUGGCAUGCUUGUACGUCUUUGUUUCCGAAUGGGAUACCACAGGGACCCGUCGAGAUUUCCGAACAUCUCGCCUCACGAAGGUGAGCUGAGGCGUCGUAAAUGGCUCGUAGUCAUGUCGCUAGAUUUAACCACCUCUUCUCAAGCCGGACUGCCACGGACGAUCAUGCCGCAAAUGUACGAUACUCAAGAGCCCCGCAACUUGGGUGAAGACGACCUUCACGAAGACAUGCUAGAACUACCACCCUCAAGGCCCGAAACUGAGUUGACGCAACUGCUUUACUCCAUCGUUCUUACGAGGUUGCGAAGUGUGCAGGCCAGGAUUGUAGAUCUCGUCAAUGCUACCUCGCUGCCACCGUACGGAGAGAUCACGGAGAUGGACGCCACACUAAGAGAUGUCUUCGAAAAGAUACCACAAUCGCCAGCAUCGAACACCUUCGACGAUCUUAGUACCGAUUUAUCACCAGACUUCAUGCGCUACACGUAUUUGAACGUGGCCUUCUUGAAGGCCGAGCUUAUGUUGCAUCGACCCUACUUCGUACUCGGUCGAACCGAUAGCAGAUAUACAUACUCCCGCAGGGUCUGCUUGAACGCUGCUAUAGAGAUGCUCCGCCUCCAGAGCAAGCUUGACGCUGAGGUCCAACCAGGAGGUCGACUAACUUCACCAGGGUGGCGUCUCUCUACCUUGAGCUGGUACAUGUCUUCCAUUAUUGCGCAAGACUUCUUACUCGCGACUACCGUCUUGGUAGUCGAGCUUGAUGAGGAACUCAUUGCUCCCAUCCCACUGGGUUUUGAGCUUAUGGAAAGCGGGGCGCAACUGGACCAAGCGUCCCCGACGCAAGAGGAAAUCGUCGCGUCGUUGCGCUCCGCUUAUCACAUCUGGAUCAGGGCUAGCAAGAGAUCGCAGGAGGCACGGAAGGUUGCUACAGCCGUGAAGCUUGUUCUCUCUAAAGUUCACGGCAGUGGGGUACAGGCUACCGAUUCGGCGCACGCGGCUCACAUAGGUGCCCAACUUGAUUUGACUUCCCCAUCCCAGAUUUUCGACACCAACGAUCUUGGAUUCGCUGUUCCCGACUCGGAUGCAUUUGACAUGGGCAAUAGUGCUUUUGGUCACCCAUUCGAUUUUGGCUUCAUGCCGAUGGAUCUGGACCAGUAUACCUUACCUCUCGAUUGGGGCGAUGCGUUUCCCAACCUCCAGCCGCAUCCUCUUGGACAAUAUCCCCCAGGAUCGUUCUUCUAG